UAAAAUAUUAAUUAACCACUUUGACCAUUAACGCACACCAUUUUAUUCACUUAGAUAAUUAAUUCUUGUGGUGAAGAGAGCACAAAAUGUUCUCUUCUCUCUUUGUUCGUUCUAGUUCCAUAACAUCACCACUGCGAAAUUUAACAGUUCGCGGAUCUUGCUCUAAAUUAUUCGUCGGAGGGCUAUCUUACGAUACCAAUGAACCUGUUUUGAAGAGUGAGUUUGAAAAGUUCGGUGAAGUUAUUGAAGUGAAAGUCAUAUGUGAUCACAAGAGCGGCAAAUCAAAAGGUUAUGGCUUUGUGUUAUACCAUUCAGAAGAAGCAGCUGCAAAUGCCUUAGCUUCAAUGAACAAUCAGUUACUCGAAGGCAGAAACAUCAGAAUCGCAUAUGCUCAACCUAAAGGAAGUUUACAUCAAAAGUGAUCUCAACUCAAAUUAAACUUCAGAUCUUCUGUUUUGGUUUCACUUAUUGGCUCUACCUUUGACUCAAGAAAUGCAUCCACUCUUCAGAAUUGUAACAUUGUAGAACUUUAGAAUGAUUUUGGUGAAGAUCCUUAUGUUGUUUUGUAAUGACUGUGUGUUUGUGUGUGUCUUCUUCAAGCCUGGUCACUCUUCGUAUUUGUUGUUGGUGGUUCUACU